UGCUGUGCGAACGUCAGCGCAUCUUUCUCUCGCAUUCGCAUUCGCAUACGCAUAAACAUUCUUAUUUGUCGUCUUUGUAGUCUCAUCAGCGUCGCGCGUUAACUGCUUGUCCCCAGCUUGCUCCUCUCAGCUGCCAUCCCGCUGUCCAGCAGCUACGCACGCUUUGCCGCCUACGCCGGAGCGACAAGUGAAGCACACAGGUUAAACACAUAUACAUAUAUGUAUAUGUAUGUGUAUGUAUGAAAGUGUGUGUGCAUAUUUGUGUGUUAUGCCUCUAUUUGUAUUUGUGUAUCGUGUUUGCCGUGUGUCGCGUUGAUUUCUUUUGUUUGCUGGCCAAUUGUUGGGCUUAAUUAAUUGCAAGUAGCAUAUGGCUUAACAGCAGCAACAACAACCACAACAACAACAAUAACUCUAACGAGUGUAUUUCGCAAGGGCUGAAAAAGUAUUGGAAAAAGUGCUUACUUCUCACUCAAGCAACGCUAACACAAGCAAGAAGAAGCUAGCAGUCGAAGUAGCAGCAAAUACAACAAAAAAACCUGUUUUGUCAACGCUGCAAGCAGCGCAGUCGCAGCGGCUAGUGAGCUAACAGCAAUGCAAUUCAGCAUAACAACAGCUACAACAACAACAAUAAAAGUAACUGCAACUUAACUGGCGCGCGUGUCGAAGAGCACCUGCUCCAACAGACGUUAAAAUCAAGCCAAUACACUCAAUACAUACCACUGUCAAUUUAUUUGUGAAAAGCAUACCAGAGCCGGAGCCGGAGCAGGAGCCAUAACACCAGCAUCAGCCCCCAAUCAGCAGUGAGAUGGCCAACAAACCGCAGCUGCAACCGCAAAUACUGCUCGUGGCUUUGCUAGCCAUUAGCGCAGCGCUGUCGAUGGGCAACGCAGAGAGUUCGUCCAGCUGUGGACCCUAUUUCCCGGCGGUAUGCUCCUGUGGCAAAGAGAUGUACGAGGGAACGAGUCAAUACAUUGUGAAUUGCACCAAUGCGGGAUUAAACAACACCAGCGUGCUAGAACACAUGCCCGAGCAGGUGGAAAUACUCAUAUUUACAGGCAACUUUAUAACCGAGCUGCCAUGGAACGUAUUUGGCAGCAUCAACGACUACAAGCAGCUGAAGAUCGUCGACAUGAGCAGCAAUCACAUUCGUGAAAUUCGCGGCAAGAGUUAUCAUCAUGUGCCGCGAGUGGAGCGACUUAUAUUGAACCACAACAACUUGAGCAUUUCUCGCAACGAGGACGAUGUUAACCAUCAUCAUCCACGAGUCUUCUCCAAUUUUGGCAACCUGCAGAGCCUCCAUCUGACCGACGCCUUUGAGGAUCACAGCUCGCCGCAGCUCAGCGAGGAUCUGCACGACAUCUUCGUGAACAGUCAGCUGGUGAAACUGCAGAAACUCCAUCUGGAACAAAACGAGAUUACCCAUUUUAAGGAUCGUAAUGUGUUUUGUGAUCUGCCUGCACUUCGGGAUUUACAUUUAGGCGAUAAUCUGCUUAAGGACAUUAACUUUGAGGUGCGGUGUCUGAAUAAUCUUCGCUUUCUCGAUCUGGAGCGGAAUAAGUUCGAAUUUGUCAAGCCCAGCGACAUGCGGGUUCUCAACCAACUACAGGAGCGUGGGAAUCGUACCGUCGAUCUGAUCGUGGACUUUAAUCUGAAUCCUUUUGUCUGCGACUGCAAGAUAUCAUCAUUCCGCACGUGGCUGCAGGCAACGCGGGUAACUGUCCGCAACCAGGAGAGUCUGAUGUGCUUCCAUCAGAUACAACACGUUGAUCCGGCGCCAUCGCACAUCCUGCAACUGGAUAUGGGUGAAUGCGCCGCGGAGAUGGCAGCAGCUGCCUCGUUCCUUAAUAUUGCUGAAGACGAGCAGUUAUACGGGCAGUUGCAACCUCACAUUAGUGGACACACGGCCACCCUAAUCUUUCUACUAAUAGUACUUAGCAUGAUACUGCUCGGACUUCUGGUCGCCCUCGUUUAUGUCAGUCGUGACAAAUUGAAGUAUAUGAUGACUCCGGUGUUUGACAAUGUGGCCAAGAAAGUACAGUACACAUCAAUAAAGGACGAAGAUUGUCCGGAGGUGCAUGUUUAAAGCCGUGUUGAAAAUCCGUUAAAAUUCGUACCACGUCCAUAUCGAACAGAAAAGAAGCAGACCUAAAAUCAGUUUCGUUUUUGCCAUUCGCAUAGCGCAAAAUGAGUGCCAUUCACAAGGAACAAA